AUGCAACGGAAUGCCGAAACGUCGUCAUGUAUCUAUCUCAUUCUUUGCAUAUCUAUCUAUCUAUCUAUCUAUCUAUCUAUCUAUAUCUAUUAUCUAUCUAUCUAUCUAUCUAUUCUAUCUAUCUAUCUAUCUAUCUAUCUAUCUAUCUAUGUCUAUUCAUAUCUAUCUAUCUAUCUAUCUAUCUAUCUAUCUAUCUAUCUAUCUGAGUAUGUUCAUAUCUCUUAUCUAUCUAUCUAUCUAAGCAUGUUCAUAUCUCUAUCGCACUCUAUUCAUAUCUAUCUAUCUAUCUAUCUAUCUAUCUAUCUAUCUAUCUAUCUAUCUAAGUAUGUUCAUAUCUCUAUCGCACUCUAUUCAUAUCUAUCUAUCUAUCUAUCUAUGUCUAUUCAUAUCUAUCUAUCUAUCUAUCUAUCUAUCUAUCUAAGUAUGUUCAUAUCUCUAUCGCACUCUAUUCAUAUCUAUCUAUCUAUCUAUCUAUCUAUCUAUCUAUCUAUCUAUCUAUUAUGUUCAUAUCUCUAUCGCACUCUAUUCAUAUCUAUCUAUCUAUCUAUCUAUCUAUCUAUCUAUCUAUCUAUCUAUGUCUAUUCAUAUCUAUCUAUCUAUCUAUCUAUCUAUCUAUCUAUCUAUCUAUCUAUCUAUCUAUCUAUCAAGCUGGAGCUGCGAGACAUGUGGUUGUAUCCUACAGUCAAAAGAUGGGAGUUGAUGGGCAAUACGGCAGUGAUCAGUGAAGAUGGGACAAUCAACAUCUAUCUAUCUAUCUAUCUAUUUAUCUAUCUAUCUAUUGGCAGAAGAUAG